GUCGAACGGUGGGACAUAAAGGCAAUCACCUUUUGUCACACGUUCAAAUUAUGCCCAUAUCCUGCUCGAACAUUUUGUCGCCAUAACUGCAACUUUUCAUCCGCAAAGAGCGUGUCUACGUCUACCGGAGCAGGCGCGUCCUUCGGCACGCAGUCUACUCCUCUGGAGGCCACCGAACAGGAGAAGCCCAUGGGCGUGUCGUCUGUGAGUGGUGAAAAUGUUGAGGCUCUACUAGAUGCACAGCAGCGGUAACAGUAUUUCCAGGACGUGGAGAUGGGGAAGCGGAGCGUUGAUCAGGUGGGGUCCGAGUCUGGGACGUCAUCGGAGGGCAAGGUGAAGCAGGAUUGAUCGGUGGUUGAGUUGCGUGCCGUAUGAUGUGUCGAGAAGCGU